AGGCAACCCAGAGUUAUGGUAUGGGGAGCUAGACAUGCUGCUUUGCCCUAAUCUAAGCAUUUCAGUUCCAGAAUCUGGACAUUUUCCAGUUGCUGUUGUACAAAAGAGUGAAGAUUUUGUCCCUGAAUUAUCUGUUGCUGUAGAGGACAAAAGAAUGAUCAAACAGGAGUGGUCUUUACUGGGUACAAUGACAGAAUUUUCUCAGGCAUAUGCCACAGCUAUUGUUUUUUCUUUCUUGUGCCAUUAUAAAUUUGGUAUGAAACGUUCUUUCAUACCAAGUUUGUUGUUGUGUCCUCAGGGGUUUGCUGUGUUUUUUUACGACUGCAAAGAAGACAUAAUGAUUGCGAAAGCUUGUCAGUGGUCUGAAUAUUCCCUCGUUUUGUUGUGGAGUGUACUUCACUAUCGUAUUUUUUAUCCACCCACGUGGCCCAGGGUGGGUAAUGUAACUCUCCCAUUUGGCUACUUAAACAGCGUACGUCCUGAUUUUCGUUAUUUAGAUGAAAACAAAUUUCAUUUUGGGGAAAGCUUAGACUCGCCAGUUUUUAGGAAGACGCACCCUUUUGCUGGAAGACUUAGAGACGACGUGCGGAGGCCUGAUAAGGGCGUAUUCAUAAUCGUCGUGCAUGAAAAAGAGGACAAACAGGAUCAUUAAAAUUCUCACUUCCUAA